CACUGAUACACAUACUCCAUCCAGAGGUUAACAGAUCCGAUGCUGCUCACAAAGUAGAGAAACGGUUAGAAUGGGAUAAUGGGAACCAAUCUUAGGAACGGCAUCUUCCUUCCAUUCAAUUUAACGCUAACUCUUAAAAAUCUAUCUCCCUCACAACUCUUGAACGAAGAUUCAUUCAAAAACUAUCGAAAACGAAGCCUUCUCUUCAGGGAGUCGUGAUAUGCUGGUUUAGGUUUUUGGUUUUUUGUUAUUAAGGGUUUUCUACUGGAAUAGAGAUGUCGUUUGAUCUUCUUUUGAAGCCGACAUGCAGUGGCUGUGGUUCAACGAAUGAUCUUUAUGGGAGUAACUGUAAGCAUAUGACUCUCUGCUUGUCCUGUGGAAAAGCAAUGGCGGAGAAUCGUGGGAAAUGUAUCGAAUGUGGCGUUACAUUGACACGAUUAAUUCGGGAGUAUAAUGUUCGGGCUAGUUCUGCAAGUGAUAAAAAUUACUUCAUUGCUAGAUUUAUCACAGGGGUUCCCAAUUUUUCAAAGAAUAAAAAUGCUGAUAAUAAAUGGUCUCUCCAAAAAGAAGGACUUCAAGGGCGCCAAGUUACAGAUGCUUUACGGGAGAAGUACAAGAAUAAGCCUUGGCUUUUGGAGGAUGAGACUGGCCAAUUUCAGUAUCAUGGCCAGCUUGAGGGUGCAAACUCCACAAUUUAUUAUCUGCUCAUGUUGCAAGGAAAGGAGUUUGUUGCUAUUCCUGCUGGUUCUUGGUACAACUUUAACAAAGUUGCUCAAUACAAACAACUUACCUUGGAAGAAGCUGAAGAGAAGAUGAAAAAUAGGAGGAAAACUGCAGAUGGAUACCAAAGGUGGAUGAUGAAAGCAGCAAAUAAUGGACCUGCUGCCUUUGGUGAAGGGGAAAAAUUUGAUGACAAGGAAGGUGGUGGGGCUACUGGACGGGGGCGUAGGAAACCAUCUGGUGAGGAGGAUGAAGGAAAUGUCUCGGACAAGGGAAAGGAGGAUGAGGAAGAAGAGGAGGCAAGGAAAAAUAGACUUGGACUUGGAAAAAAAGGUGGUGAUGAUGAUGAAGAAGGUCUUAGAGGAGGUGAUCUUGAUUUGGAUGAUGAUGAUAUUGAGAAGGGUGAUGAUUGGGAGCAUGAAGAAAUAUUCACUGAUGAUGAUGAGGCAGUGGGUAACGACCCUGAGGAAAGGGAAGAUUUGGCUCCUGAAGUUCCUGCUCCUCCAGAAAUCAAACAGGAUGAAGAGGAUGAGGAUGAAGCUAGUGAAGAGGAGGGUGGUCUGAGCAAAUCGGGAAAGGAGCUACAGAAGCUGCUUGGGCGAGCCAAUGGGAUGAAUGAUUCAGAAGGUGAAGAUGAUGAUGAUGAUGAUGAUGUGGAAGAUGACAUUGGCCUUUCCCCAGUACUGGUUCCAAAACAGAAGGAUGCACCAAAAGACGAACCAGCUGAGAUCAGCCCCUCAAAAACAGGAACAUCAGGUUCUGCACGAGGAACCCCUUCUGCAUCGAAGUCGGCAAAGUCAAAAAGGAAAUCAGGUGGGGAUGAUGCAAAGGUUGCUAAUGGAGCUCCUGUAAAGAAAGGGAGAUUUGAUAAUGAGUCAAAACCAUCUGUGAAGGAUGAGCCGCUCUCCACUCCCAAGAGUAGCACACCUAUUAAAGGUUCAGCAUCAUCUGAAAAAGUUGAACCAACACCAUCGACUGGCCCUGUUACUGAGGACGAAAUCAGGGCUAUAUUGCUGCAAAUGGCGCCAGUUACAACACAGGAACUGGUUGCUCAGUUUAAAGCAAGACUAAAAUCGAAGGAGGACAAGACAGCUUUUGCGGAAAUCCUAAGGCGAAUUUCUAAGAUACACAAGACUAAUGGUCCCAACUACGUUGUGUUGAGAGAGAAAUGAUAAUUACACCACACGCUUCAGCUUUUCUGAUGGGCUUAACCCUGCUGCUUUUGCUUUGGUACAACAUGACUCCACAUAUUAGGGGUAGAUGCCAACUCGGGUGUUGCCAUAUUUUCUGCUAGGCAAGGUAGGGAAUACUGAAGUAUGUAGAUGAGGGUUCUUGUUUAUUCGAGGUCUUUUAGACUCUGAAAGGUUAGGUUUGGUUAGUCCAGAGACUACACUUUAUAUUCUGGUGGAUCAUAAGAAUAGGAUUCUUCAAUUGUCUUGUGUUUGUGUUCUUUGCCAUCGUAAUGUAUGCUUGCAAGCUAUUUGUAUUCUCAGCUAA